GAGCUUAAUUUAUAUUUUCAUCGAGUCUAAUUUUUAUCAAAAUUCUUCUAAAACAAAGGAUUCUUCGACUUUAAACGGGUAACCCAUCCAUCAUCUUUACUUCGAAAACCACUGUUUUCCAAUCCUAUUUCAAUCAGGAUAACAACGAGAAUGCUCAUUAGGACCGGGUCUUGAAACGGGCCGAAGCUUGCGACCUGAUUUACCAUCAGAUCUACUCGAUAAAUGAUCCGAAUUCAGAAUGGCGGUCGGGGUUGGCGGGGAGAUAUUACCAGAAACGCUAGAAAAAAUGGUUGACAACUGCGGUGCCAUUUCCGUAGAUAUCCAAGCUUUAAUCCGUGUUUUUGACACAAACGAUAGGGUAAAACUUGUGGGGUUAAUAAAAGAGAGCGGCUUUUACCAUUGGUUACCGUGUGUAAAGUUUCUAAAGGUAUCUUCGGAAGAGGCACUAUUUAUGGAUAUGGAAAAAGUGAGGCAAUGGUGUGGUAACGCAUGGGAAAGAUGGAUGCGGAAUUUACAGGAAAGAGGGAAAAUAAAAAUCGAGCCAUUUGGGGCUAACCAGAUGGAUCCAACGGGUGGCGGAGAUAGCUUCUUAGGUGGGUUUGUAGGCGCAUUGGUUCAUGGGUUGGGUGUUCAUGAUGCUGCUUUCGUAGGCAAUUUUUUUGGUUCCCUUUCCGUUGCUCAGAUUGGUCUGCCUAAGUUCGAUUUGAGAUUGUUACAGGAUUGAGUACAAUCGUUCAGUGAAAAAGGGGAAUUGACGGCAAAAUUACCCAAGUAAACUGAGGUUCGGCAUUUGUUGCGGACACUCAUGUUCGCUUUCCGUUUAGCUCUCAUGAGCUUCAGUUAACUCAUAUGAGUUUCCAUUUAACCCUAAUGGGUUUCCGUUCAGCUUCUAUGAGCUUCUGUUUAACUCUUACGGGUUUUCGUUAGCACUUAUGUGCUUCUGUUCAGCUCUUGGGCUUCAGUUUACGAUGUACUCAUAUCUGUAAGACAUUCAUUAGUCUGAAAAAGGUUUUUAAUUCGGUAAGUGACAUUUGAUACUAAUGGUUGAAGACUCAAUGAUAUUGUUGAUUCUGAUAUGAAAUAAGAGAAUUUAUCAAUUGAAGUUGUGAUUGGCAGGAAA